AUGAACAAAAAAACAUGAGAAUUCUUACACGGUCAACCUGUAUGGGCCAAGAAUCCAACUAAAACAAUGAUAUAAUCGAUUUUUCAUCAUUAGAAGCAACAAGGUAUAUAAGUGAAAGGAUUGCUGUUGUAGGUGAUACAGUAGAGUAUUUUUUCGAAUCCAGUAUCGACACUCAUUCCACUCAUUUGAAAAACUUCCCACCAUGUACACUCGUUUUAUCUAUUCUUUGGUGUCGGCAUUAGCUAUUAAUUCUGCUCCAGCAUUUGGAUCCCCAGUUCCAAAUGAUAUUGUUUCUGAAGCAGCAUCUCAAGUUUCAUCGUCUUUCAACGGAUUACAGGGGUCAGGAUCAUCCUCUGGAUACGUUAGAUUAGAUUUCAAUGUUUUGAAAGGUCUUGAUUUCGGUUCAGCUUUAAAAGGUUUAACCGAUACUAUUAACUCAUUACUUCCAAGAGAUGAUGAAGGUGGUAAUAAAACUCAAACCGUCGGAUUAUCAAAUGAAAAAUCCUUUUAUGUUUCAAGUUUGAAAAUUGGUUCAAAUAAAGAUGAAGUUAAAGUCUUAGUUGAUACCGGAUCUUCAGAUUUAUGGGUUAUGUCAGCUAAGAAUCCUCACUGUAAUUCUAAUGGAGGUAAUAUUGAUUGUGAUAAAUAUGGUACUUAUAAUGAAACUGCAUCUUCGACUUUCCAAUCUAAUAGUUCUGAUUUUUCGAUUAACUAUAUGGAUAAUACUUAUGCCUCUGGUGUUUGGGGUCAAGAUGAUAUUACCUUGAAUGAUGAUUUCACUUUGAACGGUGCUAACUUUGCAGUUGCUGAUAACUCAGAUAGUGAUACUAGUGUUUUUGGUAUUUCUUAUAAGACUGCCGAAAGUAGUAAAGGUGAAUAUGACAAUUUACCAAUUCAAAUGAAACAACAAGGUUACAUUAAUAAAAUUGCUUACUCUUUAUACUUAACUGGUUCAGAAUCCGAAAAAGGUACUAUUUUAUUUGGUGGUAUUGAUCAUGCUAAAUAUGAAGGUGAAUUAUCAUCUAUUGACAUUUCUAAAUCAAAUGAUGAAUUAUUAUAUUUACAAAUUCCAUUAACCUCUGUUAGUGUUAACAUCACUUCAAACGAAACUGCUAACACUGGCUCAGACUCAAAUAGUCAAUCUCCUUCAAGCUCUUCAUCUUCCGGAUCUCCAAUCAGUGGAUUACUCAAUGGUGUUUCUUCGCUUGCUUCUUCUGUUACCAACCCAUCUAAAUCCUCUGAAUCAUCUUCAAAAGCUGAAUCCUCAAGCUCUCUUGAAGCAAUUGAUGUUGGUAAAGAUGCCAUUUUAGACUCUGGUACUACUUUAAGUUUCUUAAGUCAAAAAGUCGUUGAUAAGAUUAUCGACAACUUACAACCAGGUGCCAAAUAUGACAACUCUUAUGGUGGUUACAUUGUUAGCUGUACUUUAAGACAACCAGGUAACUCGAUCAAUUUCUUAUUCAAUAAUGAAAAAGAAAUUGCUGUUUCAACCAGUGAUGCCAUUAUCGAUGCUGGUACCGAUUCAAAAACCGGUAAGAAGGUUUGUAUGUUGGGUAUUGUUCCAAAUGAUCAAAUCAUCUUGGGUGACAACUUCUUGAGAAGUGCUUACACUGUUUUCAAUUUGGAUGAUGCUAAAAUUCAAAUUGCUCAAAUCAAACAUUCUGAUUCCGAAGAUAUUGAAGCUAUUCAAUAAUCUUUUUCGUUAGCUAAUACAACUAAUUGCUAUAUAAUUUAGUUAUACGCUAAUUACUUUUUGAUUCUUUC